CACAACGUUAUAGGACUGUCAGUGUGUACUAGUAGCGGUUACACCAUCGCAAUCUGUAUCACACUCCACCGGCCGCUGUUUGAGGAACAAGCACAUCUACGCCAUUUCGGGGUGUUCCGGGGUUUGAGUGGAAUAGCCGACGCCUGCUAUGACCCGAAUCUGCUCCACAACUUCUGCUGGCAUCAGACCACCCGUGACCCCGACUACACAGGCACAACUACCCGGGUAUACAACUACUGACAUCGUUUGAGCUUCUCAAAGUUGCUUCCGUGCCAUCCCUACCCUCAAUCACCGAAAGAAUUAAACUUAGCUGCACGCUUGGCCUAGCAAAGUCAGCAGCGAAAGCAAUGGCGCAGCAAAUCUACAGUACAUAUCCGCCGGCAUUGACCGCCGAGCAGGAGGAAUACCUCGUGCAAACGGUCAAGGAUUGGUCCAUCGAGCAUGCUCUGGCCGUUCGACCGUCCACCGCCGUAGUCCCUGAAGGGGCCAACCCGAACAAUGUACUGGCUACCAAUGCGCCGGUCACACUGUUUCCCAGUCCCUUUCCCAAGUCGUGCUUCGAACAAGCCAAGCAUUUGCAGCAGGUUUACAAUGAGCUGUACGCCGCUAUCACCAGCGACGAGCAAUGGCUGGAAGGAGUCAUGAAAGAAUUGAUCCAAGUAGACGACUUCCUCGCCAACCUAUGGAAGAUCCAUCUUGCCGUCAAAGAAGAAGGCUACGUGCAGGACCUAUCCCUCGGCAUGUUCCGAUCAGACUACAUGCUUCACACCACCGACCCUAACUCCGCCCCGACCCUCAAACAAGUCGAGUUCAACACGAUCUCCUCCUCCUUCGGCGGACUAGCAUGCAAAGUCGCCGAACUUCACAACCACCUAGCGACCUACCCGUCACCAUCCCAUCCGGUCGCCUACCCUCCCCACCCACUAUUCGGGAACUCAGCGGACCCCAAGACCGCCUCGUCAGUCCGAUCAACGGGCCAUCCACCACCGAACCACGCAAUCUUCGCAUUAACCGCCGGUCUGGCCGCAGCUCACGAAGCCUACGGUCCCGUCAAAUCCAAAUCGACCCCACCACUCCCAACCUGCAUCCUAUUCCUAGUCCAAGACGACGAACGCAACGUCUUCGACCAACUAGCUCUCUCAACCCACCUAUUCAAAGAGCACAAGAUCCCAUCGUUCCGACUCCCCGUCAGCCAAAUUUUGGCAAGAACAUCCAUCCCGUCCAAGGAAGCCAACCCCGCCCGCCCACUAAUCUACACGCCUCCAUCAUCGCCAUCAACCCAAUACGAAGUAACAGUAGUCUACUUCCGCGCACUGUACGGACCAGCCGAAUACUCCAGCCCCACCAUCUGGGCAGCUCGACACCACCUCGAACGCAGCGCGGCCGUCAAAUGCCCUACUGUCCUCUUACAUCUAUCCGGCUCCAAAAAAGUCCAACAAGUCUUGACCUCCAAACCCCCUGGUCCCGACCACCUACGAUUCUUCCUGCCAGGCUACGCCGAAGCCACACUCGACAGUCUCCGGUCCACAUUUGCACCACAAUACGCCCUGUCCGAAUCUGAACCAGAGGGAAUCAAAUUGGCACUAUCCGAAGCCACGGCCGCGAACCAUGUUUUGAAGCCUCAGCGUGAGGGGGGCGGCAACAACAUCUACCGCAACAAUAUUCCGUCUUUCUUGAAUUCCAUCCCCCGCGACCAAUGGAAACAGUAUAUUCUCAUGGAACUGAUUCGUCCACCUCCGGAAGCUAAGAAUGCCGUUCUGAGAAGUGAUGGCAAUGUCGCGGUUGGCCAUGUCGUUUCCGAGUUGGGGAUCUUUGGAACUUGUCUUUGGAGAUCGACAAACUUCAACACCACUGGCACUACUGGUACUACUGCCUCGGCAAAAUGGUCGGCUGCUGCCCCUGGUCCCCAGGUCAAAAAAUCGGGUCUGGAAAUCCUCUGGAACGCAGACGGUGGAUACCUGUUGCGCACGAAGGGCAAGGAGAGCGACGAGGGCGGCGUUGCUGCCGGCUUUAGUUCGCUGGACAGUUUGAUCUUGUAUGAGAGCCACUGAAAUAGAUACAAAGGCUAUAUGAGAAAGGGUCAAGAGAAGAGAAGGAGGAAGGAAGAAGAAGGAUAUCUAGGUUUGAUCUUGUACGAAAGCCAUUAAACUGCCUACCUACAUAAGGUAUAUAGAGAAGCACUCUGGGAACCAUGAUGACGAGGAGGACUAGAUACUGGAACGUUGGUGGCCCAGACCGACCCGUCAAACAUAGACAAGAUUGAUCUGUUCUAGAUAUAGAGCCACCAUGGGAACAAGAAUGGGGUUGGAAACUUGAAAAACCGUCAUUGUAGUCGUUGUUCGUUCCCCUCCUACUUUCCUACUAUACUAGUACUGCUGCUACUACUGCCCUACCAUACUAAAAAGAGAGAAUCAUGUUCACAAUAAAAUUUCUCAUCUAGCCCUAAAAAGAAGUGUUUGCUUCCGCUUCCAGUAUGAACAAAACUCCUGUCUGGCUGUGCAGCUAUGACACUUCUGAGAGUCUGAGACCGCUGCCUGUGCAGAAGUCCAACAAACACCAGACCACCACACCGAUUCAAGUUUCUUUGGGCCAACCACCUAGGCAUCAGUAAUGCAUAGACCCUGACAUCAUGCUGUCCCUGAGACAGCAAAUGGAACGGCAUGGCUGCGCCCAGCCAGAACUAGAUGAUUUAUAUCUUCCUCUUCAAAGCUCAUGCCCAGAAUGGUUCAAUGAACAAAGGUUCCGACGUAUGGACAAGGACCAGGAAAGACACUGAGAUGACUGCCGCAAAGGUAGAACCACGCGAGAGUUUAGUCGCCUGCAGUUCAAUCGCCACAAUCACACGGAGGACAUUGGCGAUAUAAAACAGAAAGUCAUUCACCACAAAGGAUAAAUGCUUUGAUCCAAGUUGAGACCGUCGUCCACUUGAUACAACAAGUUUCCGUUUCCAGACACAGAUUUGUUGACAGCACGCAAAUCAACCCGUGGUGUGGCCGCAACGGUAGAGUGAUUGAAAGGUGUUGGCGUGGGUGUGGGCGGCAUCGCUGGUGCACGUCUAUAGGAGAAUUCAAAGGCCGGUUGUUGCGGGUUGUUGACGGCACACAAAUCAGACUGUGUGUCCGCAAGGGUAUAGUGAUUGACAGGUGUAGGCGUCGGCGGCGUUACUGGUGCCGGGCUGAAGGUGAAUUCCAAGGCCAGUUGUUCUGGGUCGUUUACAGCACACAGAUCAGACUGCGUGUCCCCAAUGGUAUAGUGAUUGACAGGUGUAGG